AAAUAUGUCGCCGAUUGUUAUUUCUUUUGAAAGCUGGCGUAAAAUAGUUAUAUGUAUAUUAUAAUGAAACUGAAAAAUGUAACCGUUUUAAUUCCGUUUUACGCUUUUAAUUUUUUUAAAUGAACGUUUUACGCUUUAGUCUGUCACAAACCUAGCUUGGACCCCCGAUCCUGCAAACAUCGGAAGAGCUAAUCUACAAAUACAAUGUAAAUGUUUAAAAUUCGCUCUCUGAGGGUGCACGUCGUUCUGUUACUUAAGCUAUAAAAAUUAUAAAAAAUAAUUCUGUGUUUCAGUUAUGUUAAAUAAGACCCCGAUCAUUUGGAUUCAUGCCAAAAUGAAAUUUGCAAAUUUUCUCGUUAUAACAAUAAUGGUUACUCGUUUUAACGUGAAAAUUAUCUAAUUAAAACCGGGUUUUAACUUUAUGCUGUUUUUUGUCAUGAUGGCAGACCAAGGCAAAAGUUAAAUUUGAGCUGUAGCAAUAAUAGUAAAUGAGUUACAGCUCAAAAGAAAACUGUCACGAGCGGUACGGCAGCGAGCGGCGAUCGUGGGGAUCGAGCGGGCAGGGAGUAGCAAGGCAGGCCGUACUCGGGGUCAACGGGGAUUAAUUAACAGGAAUCGGGGAAGGAGACAUCAGACAUUGACUAACAUCAAUGACAGACAAUGGACUCAGACAUUCCAUGGCAUCACAACAGGCCACAGAAGGUUCAGCUCAAGACCAAAAAGAGCAAAGAGACAAUUUGCACUGGAAGAAAUUUCUGUCAGAGGCCGAUUUUUACCAGGAGUUCAAAAAUACCCAGUUAUCUCACAAAACCGUGCUGUGCUUCGGGUUGAAUACUGCUGGCAAUGAGCUCUGGGACUGCUGGGGUUACACCUUCAACAUUCCUGGAGGUGACCAUGCAGAGAAGCAGGUGAUGCAGGCCCUUGCAGACUUCCUCACGCCACAUCGACUCUGUGUGGCUCUAAGGUACCGCUUGACCUUGUACCUCUCAUAUAGCCCCUGUGAGGACUGCUGCUGUGAGCUCCUUGCAUUCGUGAAGUCUCUGAAGGUGGUCGAGGUGGAUGUGAUGGUGUCCAGGCUGUACUGCAUUGAGCAACAGCCCGUGAAGCAUAGGCUACAGCAGCUAAUGGCGUCAGGGAUCAGGUUGAGUGUGAUGGGUAGGAAGGACUUCGAGCGAUGCCUCUACCUGUUUGUGAGCCCUAACUCCAGGUUUAAGCCAUGGCCAGAGCUGGAUGCAAUGAGCAGGAGAUAUUCUAUGGACCUGCACACUGUUCUGCACGAGUGUGAUUGUGAUUGGCAUCUGGAGCCAGAACAUUUCGACAAUCCCACUGCCCUUCCCAUCCCUGCAGAUUAUGCUGCUCUGGAGAGAAGCCCCUCUUCGUCAACAACGGCUGUCUGCAAUGGGCGGGGUCUUCGAUGGCCCAACACUCCACAGAAACAGAGUGGGGUGUCGGAGAGCAAGAGGGACCCAAAGGGACAGCCUGUGAGAAGAGCACUUUUUUAAAGAUAACUCAAUUAGGACAGUCCCCCCAUGAAUAACCACCUCAUCCUGGUGGAGGGGUCCGUGUGCCUCUGUGAUCCUAGGAGCUAUGCUGUUGGGGGCAGUCGCCCCCGGUGGGGUCUCCCCAGGCAAAUGACAGGUGGGAAUGACAACUUGGGGACAAAGGGAGUUGAUUUCAAUUUGAUAUUGGUUUGAUCAGGAGGGUAAACUUUCAUGUAAUAUCAGAAGAGUGUAAACAGGCUGCAAUAGGUAUGAAAUGAAUACAGAUAAUUUUUUUUACAUAUCAGAAAAUAUUUGCCCCUGGUACCAGCUAUCAUUUAUCCUGUGCUUUACUAACUGUUAUUUGUGUUCGGAAAUAUCAGGGCAUCUGCUAAAAAACAGAAUGACUGAAGAGCUAAGGCUGUCCUGACAGGCCUUCAGUGCUGGCAGAGUUUUUGGAACUUUUCUAGCUCUUUAACAGCUUCGUAGUGACACCUAAAGGAUGAUUAAUGUAAUACAUUCAGCACCAUAAUAAUACCCAGCGCAAAUGCCUGGAUAGUUCCCAGGAUUACUGGACUGAAGCUGGUGGGGGCAGCCAGUUUGUAACUCAGAAAAACAACCUGUUUUAAGGUGUGAGUGUUUCUUGGCAAAAAUCAUUAUUGUACUUGGAGUCUGUCCCAGGCAGCACAGUGCCCAGUACCAGGGAAUGUCCUAGACAGGAUCCCCCUACAGGGCACAUACUGACUGGGAAAGUGUGGAGUUCCAAUUAGCCCGAGUGAAACCUACCCAACACAGAGAGAAGAUGCACAGGAAGCAGGACUCACAUCCUCAGCUUUGGAGGUUUGAGGCAACAGUACUAUUCACUAAGCCACGUUUUAUUGUGAUGAUAAUCAAUGAAAAUAUUGGGAGUGAUGUGUGUGUUUUAAAAAGGUACACACAAAGACAAUGUUUCUUUGUGAUUAACAUUUUAAUUAAGCAGGUAUGUUUGUAUAGUAUAUUUUUAUUUGGAAUUUUAUAAUUAAUGUCCCACAAGUUUCAGAACCAUGGACAGAAAAUAUAUCAAUCCAUUUUCCAAACCGCUUAUCCUACUGGGUCGCAGGGGGUCCGGAGCCUAUCCUGGAAGCAAUGGGCACAAGGCAGGGAACAACCCAGGAUGGGGGGCCAGCCCAUCGCAGGGCACACUCACACACCAUUCACUCACACAUGCACACCUACGGGCAAUUUAGCAACUCCAAUUAGCCUCAGCAUGUUUUUGGACUGUGGGGGGGAAAAUGGAGUACCCGGAGGAAACCCCACGACGACAUGGGGAGAACAUGCAAACUCCACACACGUGUAACCCAGGUGGAGACUCAAACCUGGAUCCCAGAGGUGUGAGGCAACAGUGCUAACCACUGCACCACCAUGCCACCUCAGAAAAUAUAAGGAGUUCAAAAUUAAAAGGUGGGGGGUGACUUAGCUUGGUUAAAAAAGGUUCAUUUACAUAUUACUGUGUACAAAUGGCUAUAAAACAGGCAAGUAUUGAAUUGUGUUCUCCACAUAUGGUUUUGUGUUGUAAUUAACAUCAUAUCCUGUGCCUGAAUAGUCAUGAUUUAUAUCUUCUCGUUAAAGUUGAUUACUGUCUUACUGUGCUUUGUGUAGUCAUUAUUAACGUUUAUGAACGAUGUCUUGUGAGCAUCUCACUUUUGUUAAAUUGUUCAAUAAAAUAUUAGUCAUUGGUA